AUGCACAGCAGCGGGGUGGCUCACUUUGACUUGAAGUGCGGCAACGUGUUGGUGGACUCCAGCUUGUUGCUGCCGCUGCCGCAGCAGCACCUGCUGCACAGGCGCCAGCAGCAGCAGCAGCAGCAGCAGCAGCGGGUGAUUUACAUGCCUUUAGUGGUGCUGGCGGACUUUGGAGAAGGCCGGCUGCUGAGGGGCCCCCAGGACUUGCUGAGGCACCAGCGGGGGACAGAAGUCAACAAGAGCCCCGAGCUGCUGCUCGAGCAGAAGCAGCAGCUGCUGCUGCGCGACAAGCGCCUGCUGCACUUCCUGCUGCUGCUGCUCGCGCUGCAGCCGCAGCGCAGGCCCACUGCAGCACAGCUGCUGCCGCUCUUCAGCCGUCUGUACACUUCAAUUCUUUCCGAACUCCCCACUCGCCCCGACUUCGCCGGGGCUGCAUGCGCCACGCUAUACUCCCCUGCUGCGCAGCAGCAGCAGCAGCAGCAGCAGCGGCAGCAGCAGCGGGUGCUGGUGCUGCAGCAUGCAGCGUCUCAGGCUACUGCUGCCGCGGCUUCUUUUGCUUCCUUCGUGCCGCUGCUGUCCUACCGCUCGCUGCUGCAGCAGCUGCAAGCCACCCACCUGCAGCAACAGCAGCAGCAACACCAGCUGCAGCAGCAGCAGCUGCAGUUGCUGCAGCAGCAGCGGUGGCACGGGGACGCUAGCCGAAACGACGCAGCUGCUCUCAGAGACCAUGCGACUCAGCAGCAGCAGCAGCAGCAGCAGCAGCAGGGAUGCCGCCAGAGCGCAGGUGCUGCUAUAGCUGCAGCAAGUACAGAUAGUCCACAGAUGCAUUCUGAGGCAGCAGCAACAACAGCAACAGCAGCAACAGCAGCAGCAGCAACAAACGCAGAAGCCACAGCAUGUGCAAGCGCUCCAAAGCCGCGGGCCUGCAGCAGUGAAGACGCCCUGCAGCUCUUGGCAGCAGCAGCAGCACAUGUAGAACGGCCGCAGCAGCGGCAACAGCAGCAGCAGCAGCAAGACGUUACCCAGCCAGUGCAGAUACUGAGGGACUUGUACAUCUGCUGCGCUGGCGAUGGCGCGUCCGGAGAAGCAGCAGCAGCAGCAGCGGCAGCAGCAGCAGCAGAUUUGUCUGAUGUGCAUGCUGGGCUGGACUGGCUCUUUGCUGCUGCUGAUUCAGCCAUGUUGUUGAUUUCAGACAGCAGCAGCAGCAGCAGCAGCAGCAGCAGCAGCAGUUGCUGCAGGGCGGGCUCGCUUCUUCUUGCGUAG